AUGAUGAAUCACGGAAGCAUGGGCGGCGGCCACGGAGCAAAAUGCAAAAUCUCGAUGCUGUGGAACUGGCACACGGUCGACGCCUGCUUCCUCUCUUCCAGUUGGCACAUUCGCAACGAAGCCAUGUUCGCGGCCACGUGCAUCGGCGUCGUCGCCCUCGUCGUCCUCGUCGAGUUCUCUCGGCGGCUGGGCAAGGAGUACGACCGGUUCCUGACGCGCCAGUUCCAGAGGGAGGCUUCGAGACGACACGGCGACCUCGAUGUCGGCGACGGGCUCGGACUUGACGUGGGGACCUUUCGCGCCUCGGUCCUCCAGCAGCUGCUGCGCUCGCUCCUGCACGCCGUCACCUUUGCGGGGGGCUACAUGGUGAUGCUUCUGGCCAUGUACUUUAACGGCUACGUCAUUAUCAGCAUCUUUGUCGGAGCCGGCCUGGGCAAGUUUCUGUGCGACUGGUUCGUCGUCGAGUGCGCGGCGGGGAAGCCGGUUGGGGGUGUUUGCGAGGAGACGACAAUUUGCUGUGGAUAG